GUGUGACUGGCUGCGGAGGUCCGUAGCAGCCCCUCUUGCACGCUAAGUGACGCCAAUCGCGCUUUUGCUCUUGAGUCUGUUGAUCUACAUCCAUGUGCUGACAGACGGUCUGCCAUGGACUGUUACUUGCUUCGUCUUAUCAAGAUGUCUGUCUUGUCACGCAGCACGACAACAAUGCAGAAUCACGGCACAUCACACUAUCCAGCGCUCUAACCGACAACAACAUCUACACUUCUCACGCUCAUUCCAUCAUGGGACUCGCCGAGGCACUUGCACUGCCCGGCUGCCCCUGACCCAGCCGCCUCACCGCACCUGUCAGCGUCUGCAGGAACCCCCCGCCCAGCUGCUGUGAGGUCGGCGGUCUCCUCAGCGCCGCCUCAGCCUCCUCAUUCAGACCCAGCUGUGAGAACCACUUAGCCUGGGCCUCUGGGUCACGCAGGCGGGGGAUGAGCUUCACAGCCGCAUCGACGGCACGCACGCGGACACAGGCGGCAAUGAAGGGGUCAUAGCCGAUGGGCGAGGUGCGCAGCUGGGCGAAGGUCAGCAGCUCGUCGAUGUUGCCGCUGAAGGAAGACACCACACAGGAGAUGUGUGCAAUCCUUGUUGGUAUCGUAUCGCCGAGCACAUACCUGUCGGCGAGUGCGUCGAUCUUGACCCUCCAGUAUCGCUUGUCUGGCACCUUGAAGUGCUGACGCAGAUGGUCGGCCUCAGUCAUCUCACCCCUGCGUAGACAAACAACACAGCAUGAUGAAUACUGUGUGUGUGUCUUUGGCAUGUCGGUUGCAUCACCUGAGUAUGAGUUGCCUGAGCGUGGCCACCAGGGGCAGCCCCACGAACCGGGGCGGCCCUCCCCUCCACCCCUGUGUGUGUGCCUUGAGCUCCAGGUCGCGCUGCUGCCCCAGCAGGUCCAGCUGGUCCAUCGUCGCCUCAAAGGCAAACUUGGACGCAUGCUCACUCGGACCUGCACACAUACGCGCACAGACAGAAGACGCAUCACGCGUCGAUUGUUGGGUCUCUGUUGUUGACGAGCCCACCUUUGGCUGACGAGUGUGUGGCUGGGUUGAAGAACUGUGCGGCGAGGGUGAGCCACGGCUUGCGCUGCUCCCAGUCGGCCUUCUGCAGGGCCAGGGUGAGGCUCACCACACCGCCCUGCAUGUAGCUGCCGCGCUUGUCGUAGUAACGCUGCAGCUGAACACAUACGACAACAACGGGAGGUUUGUGUUUGCACGAAGGUUGCCCCUGUCGUGUGUUGUGUGUUUUGUACCUCUUCCCAUUUCUGCGUCCGCUUGCACAUGGCGACAAAGAGGUCGGCAGCCGCUGGCCGGUCCUUGAUGGCCUCCAGCAAAGCGCCAAGACCACUGUCCAUACUGACAAACAGAGACGCGGGGACACAUUUACAUGGCGCCGUGUCGCUCUCGCGUUUCUUUUUUGUUCCCUACGCGUCAUCUCUGCGCCGUGUUGUCGACCCAGGUGCCUGUGCUGCGGUGUGUGUGAGCGGUGGGUGUGUGGGAAUAGGUGUGGGUCUCAUCCAUCCGCUGGUCAGGGCCGCCAGACACUCGAGGAUCAGGUCGGGGUCGCCACUCGCCACCGCCUUGUCAGUCGCGAGCCGCGUCUCGGCCAGCUUCAGCAACAUGCGCACCUGAGCCUGAUGGACAGAUGGAGAUAGACAGGUUGCCGUCUGUAUGUGGGUCUUCCGGUUCUUGUCUCACUUGGCUCUUGAUUUCAUGCUCGAGCAGCAUACAUGCCAGGUUUGGACGGGCUGCAUUUGCGGCCACACUCGCCACCUGUGAGCAACGGACAGGCAGGCAGACAAUGUCUGUGUGUUUGAAACGAGAAACGAUCUCUGCUGACCGCCGAGUACGAGAUGUUGGGGCAUCCGUGGAAGCGCCUGACGAUUUCCUUACACAGCUGGUCGUCCGUCAGCUCCAGAGUGUGCCGGAUCUUCUCGGUCGCCCAGUGCAGCAACACCUUGGACGCCGGCAGACCGACGUACUCACACAGACGAUACGCCAACAGGUGAUAACGCCGCCUGCACACACAGAAACAUAGCACGCUUUGCUGCGUCUGCCAGCGCUGUUUUCUGCUCACUUGGCGAGUCUGUCGAUGAGGUUGGCGAUUCCGAGUUUCUGCAGCUGUGCCACUGUGAUGGGUAUCUCGUAUGGCGGUCCCCUGACGGCCAGACACACCCUGAUGUUGCGGCACGCCUCGACAAAGGGCACUGGGUCGGGGGGGGUGUCCAGGAAAUGACGACCGAACACCGCCGCCCUGAUGACACGCACCACCGGCAACAAGGGAUCUAAAAAGUGAAUCAAGAUCUAGAUACGUCACGUGGUUGCGCACCUAAGCAGCUGUCUGAUCUGUUCAGGGUUUGGUUCAUGUGCUGCGGCCUCAAUGCACGCGGUGGUCGCCUCGCCGAGUUCCUCCUUGAUGGCCCUAAGGGACUCGUCUGCGGCCACGUCGCCGGCCUCGUACUUCUCCAGAGCAUACGUCAACAUGGCCGGCGCCUCGCAGCUCCCAAUGCUGAACAGGUCAUGCACACACAGGCAUAGAAAGGAGCACCGUGUCUGUGGGUGGACUGCCUCGUACGUGUCAUCCUUGCCUGAAUAUGGCUUCCGUGGAAGGGUGCACUCGGUGGAGCAUCUCGCUCUUGUCGGCUGUGAGGAUGCGGACGCCGUCGAGUUCGCUGACGAGGCACACAGACGUGUCGUAGGCAUAAGGCAGCCAGUCGUUCUUGGGACCACCCAGGAACACCAUGUGCUGACAGAAAGAGCCACCAGUGCAUUGCCUGCACCGACCAUUGCGGGUGCAUCGUGUGUUCCGGUGUACUUGUGAGCCGCCCGAGGGUGUGGGUGUGACGAGGUGGAGGGCUAUACAGUCGUCGCCGCACCACACCUGACACACAGACAGCAAACGGGGCUGGCUGUUGAUCUUCUGGAGCGUUCAUUCUCUGUUACCCUACCAUUUGUUUGGGCUUCUUGCGCACAUCCAGAGUGGCGACGUCCAGCGGCCUCGUCAAGUUGUGCGACGACAACACCUUGAAGAUGCUGACACACAUACGCAACACACACCCGUAUCCUCCCCCUCCAGCUGCGUUGUCAUUGUCUGGUGCUGCUCCUGACCCUGUCCUCGAUAGACAAGCCACCAGUCGGUGGCUCCGAGAGACGGCCAGCGCGCAGAAAGGACCAUCCUCCAACCUAACAAUAUAUACAAGGAGACCCCACAGGUGAUACAUGCCGAGCAAACUGCACCCAAGUGCAGCCCGUCCAGCCUUACUUGAGGUCCACAGAUUGGCUGUUGUCCACGAGCAGCAGCUGGCCGCUCUCAGCAGCCACCAGCACACGCAGAUCGGCAAUACUCAUGCUCGUGGACGACAGAGAGGGUGACACGGCCGCCGGGCGGCCAUCGGGCGUCCUCACGUGGAGGUUGGCGGCCGCCCGUGCCGACUGGUGUGGCGGAAAGAGGACGCACAUGCUCAUGGGAGGGCUGCGAAGGCCGGCGUCCGCCAGCCGUGUGCACUGGGCCCUCUCGAGUGAGAAGUUGGCGUAGAGGCGGAGGGCGGCCGACAGCAGCACCACACCAUUGUCGAACACACACGCCUGGAUCACGCCGCCCUGCACACAACCAUGUCGACAAAUGAUGAUCAAGGGCAUCAAUCACGCCAUCCUGUUGGUGAGAUGUGGGUUGGUUCUCACUUCAUUCUUGAUCCGCUCGUCGACAGUGAAGAAGUGCAUCUGUUCGCACAGCGCCGAGAAGGUCCGCACCACACCGUCACCAAACACGCACACCAACACCUGACCGCGCAGAAGACGACCAGCACCCUUCGUGUGUGCGCUGUGCAUCCAUCAUUCCUGGUGUUUGUAUGUCACCUCUUCGUCGGCCCAUUCCAUGGCAAUGAGCUCCCUGAACGUCCACUGAGCCGAACCCAACCGACGGCCAGCCGCCGUGUAGGUCUGCGCAAUCAACAGACAGACACAAAGGCGAAGUGUGCGGCUCUGCGCCUGCCUGAUCUUGCAGAGUGCUUGUGCCGACCUGCAGCUGCGGGCGCAGCGCGCCUCGGGAAGGCUGGAAUAUCUUCUCAUUGCGCACAGUCGCUGAAGGUGCAGGACAAAUGCGGACACUCAUGACAGAUGCUUUCCGUGUUGUCUGUUACCUAUAGGUCCUCCGAAUGGCGCUGCGGCGACGACAGAGAGCCUCAGUUUGUCCCGAUCUGCCGCCCAGUCCGUCGGAUGAAGGGAAUACAGAUCCGUGCGCCUAUACCAAAGCGUGUCGAGUUUCUGCCACAUCGCGAUGAACGUAGCACCGUCAGAUCUUGCUUAGAAGCAGCUCC